CAGCAUGCGAGUUUAAUUAACGAUAUAAAUAGAGAAGAUAAUGCACUUCUCAUCGUUACAUUGUAGAAAUUAUCAAACCGAUUGAUAAUUUGCGUUAAGUAUCUGUUAUCGUUCGCCGGGUAGUGCAGAAAUGGAUAAUCAAAUAAAAUUCAUUGAAAAUUACGUUUUCCCCAAAAUUAUUGCCGAAAAUAAUGUUCUGAAUGAUUUGAAAUUUAUUAGAGCCGAUAUAAGUAGAGGCAGUUCAAUUGACGGUUUCAUGGGAAACAUAAUUUUCGCAAGCUUGGUGUUCGAAACGAAAGAUCGCAAGAAUGUGGAGAAGAAGGUUGUCGUGAAACUAAUGAAACCACCUUCACAUGUACGAAUGACUAUGAAUGCAGAUUAUCAGUUUAUCAAUGAAGUGUUUAUAUAUGAAACGGUCAUCCCAACGUUUCUGGAAAAAUUUCAAUCAAAAUUUAAAACUAUCGAAAAAUCUCUUUGGUGCCCGCAAACAUAUUUAGCAGAGUCCGGCCAAUAUCCAGCCCUAAGUGAUACCACGGAAAGCAUAUUGGUGAUGGAGGAUCUAACCGAAAAAGGUUUUACCUUGGGACCUCGCAUUAAUUUGACCGUCGAAGAGUUGACAUUAAUGACCGAAGCGAUUGCACAAUUCCAUGCUUGUACCUAUGCGUUACGUAUUAAUAACGACCCAGAUCUUGAACGGUUGAUUAACGGUCUAGUUCCAUUUAAAUUUCCAAAUAAAGCCAAUCCGCAUACGUUAUAUGUACCGCUAUAUACUAACGCUUUGGAGAGAAUCUGGUCAUAUUUCGACAAUAAUCCUAAGGAAAUUGACAAUGAAAUAUUCGGAAGAAAUUUGAAUAUUUUGCGAACAAAAUACAGCAAUGAUCCAAUGUCAUUGAUGAAUCGAUUCUUGCGAUCGGACAAUGAUUUUAGCGUCAUUUUGCAUGGAGACUACAACCGAAAUAAUGUUCUAUUCAAGUACGAACAGAAGACGGCUGUUGAUCUACGCUUUAUUGACUUUCAGGAGGUGAAAUAUGGUUCGCCAGCCAUAGACCUGUCGUUUUUCAUGUACAUAAAUAUACAUCCGAGUCUGUUUGAGAAUGGAUUAAACGAAACGUUGUUAAAUCGGUAUCAUGACAAGUUGAUUGCAUCGUUGUGUGAAUUACUUGAUUGUAAACCGGGUGACGCUAGAUUAACUGCAUAUUGCUGGGACGAUUUCUACAAACAUUUUAAACAAUUCGCUUUUUACGGUGCCAUGGUAGCGGUGAUGUUUGUACCAUGGAUGGCUUGUCCUGAGAAUGAAUGCGCUCAAUUGGCCGAAGAGGUUGAACGAGAUGCGUGUUCGGAAGAGAUGAGACAGCUACAACUUCAUUGCGGUGGCAAUACAGUCGACCAAAGAAUAGUUGCGGUCCUGAGGAAUGCUAGUAAAUUAGGCUACAUGGAUAUGAUAAUCAGAGAUGACUGAACGAUGAUGAUCAUUAUUGCUAAUAUAAUGAAUUAAAAUGGAUUUA